AUGAAUAUAUCACGUGGUGUUCUUUCUGAACCCGAUUUUAUAAAAGUUUCUGAAACAGAAUUUUUAGAAGAACUACGAGAUCAAAAUGUCUGUGCCGCUCGUCGCAUAAAUAUUCGACGAGGUGACAGACUUGUUCCCACGCAACAUGUUGUUCUAACAUUUCAAACGCCGGUUUUGCCUAAAUCCAUCAAAGGUGGUUAUAUUAAUUGCAAAAUUCGACCCUACAUCCCUAAUCCUCUACGCUGUUUCAAAUGCCAGAGGUAUGGGCAUUCACAAACCAGUUGUCGAAAUAAUGAAAAUAUCUGUGGUAAAUGUGCAGAAUCUGGGCAUGAAAUGAAUGCUUGCACAUCCGAUAUUUUGAAAUGUGUUAACUGUUCUGGCUCCCUUGAAGCAUUUUCCAAGUCCUGCCCUAAAUGGAUCCUGGAAAAAGAAAUAAUUUCCCUUAAGAUAAAAAAGAAUAUAACUUUCCCAGAAGCGCGAAAAAUGGUGAACGAUAGAACUCCAAAAGUUGGUGUUUCCUACUCAUCUGCUGUUAAAUCUAUUCAGAAUACAUCCUGUUCUCAAACUGAUGCAAAUAUUACUCACUGUAACUGCGCAAUUACUAAUCCAGUACUGCCCACUAACAUGUCGUCUACUUGCGUUCAGUUUCAAAAAACUUCUAUAACCUCUGAAAAUUUAUCUCCUAAAAAGUCAGCACCAUGA